UUUUUUAUUGGCAGUAGCGCGUCCCCCUGACACCCUCCCUCUCUCUGUGGCUGCCUGUCGCGUCGGCAUCGCGGUCGCGCUGCUUCCCCUUCUCUUCCUACUCCGCUUGGCCCGCCGGGCGAGACGGCAGCAGGCAGGCGUCGAAGAGGGUUGGCGACGACUUCCGCGUCCCUGGUUUGAUGCUCAAGUCGAGUGAAGGGAGGGAGAGGAGCAGGUGAUUUGCAGGACAGGAGAGGAGCCUCUGCUAAUCCCUCGUCUUGCUUUGCUUCAUCGGUCGUCUGAGCCCACAACCGGACGGAAACCACAAGACAGAGAGGAGGAAGCUGGAGGAGAGGAGGAGCCGGCGGUGACAGCGCAACCCCAAUGGAGGCGCAAGUGGCGGCUCCGCAGCAGCAGAAGGCGGCCAACCUUGCGCGCACCUUCACCAAGCUGCUGCGCCGGAAGCGCGGCGACGCCGCGGCGACGGGCGCGCCGGAGGCGCCUGCGUCUGUGGUUGGAGAUGACUACGAGGAGACCAUGGAGCCCUCCAUCCCGUCGCUGAGCAAGCUCAAGGUGUCGGGGAACCUCGCUGCAGCCUACUCUCUGGAUGCCUUCUUCCGCAAUGCUGCCGAGAAGAAGGCCGCGGCGGCGGCGGCCGGGGCGCGGUCGCCUCCAGAGUUCACUCUGGACGCCGCCGCGGACUCCCUACUUGCCAAUCUGUUCGCAGGUGUGUCGGCGGUGAAGGCGGCGUACGCGCAGCUGCAGCUCGCGCAGUUCCCCUACGAUGCGGAGGCGAUUCAAUCCGCGGACGCCGCCGUGGUCGCCGAGCUCACCAGGCUGUCCGACACCAAGCGGAGGUACCUCAGGGAUCCCGCCGCCGCGGCAAGGGGCGCGGCGGCGGCGGGCCACACCGUCCUCGCCGCGCACGCCGAGGAGCAGCGCCACCUCCUCAAGACGUACCGGAUCACGUCGCGCAAGCUGGAGGCCGAGCUCCGCGCCAAGGACGCUGAGGCCGAGCGCGCCAGGAGCUCCCUCACCGCCGAGCUCCGUGCCGAGCGCGCCCUGGAGGCGCGCCUCCACCCGGGCCGGACCCUCGCGUCGCUCGACGAGCUCCAUCCCUCCGGCCUCAACCCGACCCACUUCCUCACCGCGCUGCGGCACACUGUGAAGUCGAUUCGGUCCUUCUCCAAGUCGAUGCUCAACUCGAUGCAGUCCGCCGGAUGGGAUCUCGCCGCGGCCGCCGCCGCCGUGCAUCCUGGCUUCCCGCCGCGCCGCGCCGGCGACACCAAGUUCGUGUUCGAGUCCUACGUCGCCAUGAAGAUGUUCUCCAAUUUCUACCGCCGCGACUUCAAUUUGAGCUUCCUCGACGAGCGGGAGUUCUACGAUCGGCAGCGGUUCUUCGAGGAGUUCACGGAGCUGAAGGGGGCCCCGGCGAGCGCCUUCCUGGACGUGAGCAACGCGCGGUGGGGCGGGUUCGGCAAGUUCCUGCGCGCCAAGUACCUGUCGCUGGUGCACGCGAGGAUGGAGACGGCCUUCUUCGGGCGGCUGGAGCAGCGCGGCAUCGUGAGCGCCGGGCCGGGGUUCCCGGAGAGCUCGUGGUUCGCGGAGUUCGCCGAGAUGGCGCGCCGCGUGUGGCUGCUGCACUGCCUCUUCUUCGCGUUCGACGGCGGCGCCGAGGAGGACGGCGCGUCCAUCUUCCAGGUGCGUACCGGGGCACGGUUCUCGGAGGUGUACAUGGAGAGCGUCAACGACGGUCGCGCCGAGAACGCCGCCGCCACGGCCGAGGACCGCGUCGUCGGGUUCACCGUGGUGCCGGGGUUCAGGGUCGGCCGGACGCUGAUCCAAUGCCGCGUGUACCUGUCCCGGCCGGGGCGGCGGCCUUGAUGGUUGCUGUGACAAAGCACCGUCGUGUCUGCUUCCGGGGUCCGGCGGACGAUGGGGGAAGAAUGCCCAUUUUGGGGCGGCCGUCGAGGUCUCCCGCCGGCAGCCGGCUGGGGUGGUGGCGAUGAUGACGGAGGGUGGUUAUGUAUGUAAAUCUAUCAAUGGAUGCAGCGAUGUAAUCGUAAUAUAAAUGGCAUUUCAAGUUCCA